AUGGAGACAGCGAUUACUGAUCUAAAUAAUAUUGAUGACGUUUAUGAACCCUCAGAAGAUUCAUAUCUUUUGAUCGAUAGUCUAGAAUCAGAUUUAACCGAUUUAAAUUAUUUAAAACCAUCAAUUUUAAUGGAGAUCGGAAGUGGAUCUGGUGUUGUGAUAAAUUCACUGGCAUUAGCUUGUAAAAAUAAAUGGCCUGGAUUUUUUUUAGCUGUUGAUAUAAAUCCUUCAGCUUGUAGAGCUACCAAAAAUACUAGUUUUAUCAAUAAUAAUAGUAACAAUAUAGAUGUAAUACAGAUGGACUUAGCAAGUGCCGUUACCAUGCGAAAUCAGUUUGAUGUAAUCAUAUUUAAUCCGCCAUACGUGCCAACCGAGACACGGGAAGUAACCGAUCCCAAGUUGAUAACUCGUGCUUGGGCUGGUGGCAUUAACGGAAGGGAAGUAAUGGAUCAGCUGUUUCCAUCAGUUCCAAAACUGUUGGCACCCGGGGGUUUAUUUUAUUGUGUCACCGUCAAGGAGAAUAAUAUUCCGGAGAUAAUUAAACUUUUUGAAGGAUUAAAUAUGCGUGGCGGCAUCAUUGCUGAUAGAAAAGUCCGCGGAGAGCAUCUUCACAUUUUACGAUUUGUUAAAUUAAUUAAUUGAAUUGUUGAUUAUCUUACACAUUUUAUUGUACAUAAAAAAUAUUUUUAUUAAUUAAAACAGUAGUUAAAAAAUUUCUAUAUCACUAAAAAUAUCAACGUAGACAUUUAUGAUGAACAAUUAAUUAAAUUAUUUGUUUUAUUUUUAAAAAUCAUUUUUUCUGGUGAUUUUUGAAAAAUUGACACCAUAAAGUAGAU